CUUCUUUUUUUUCCGGCGAGUUAUAUAUAUAUGUAUAUACAUGUAUACAUAUAUAUAUACAUAUACAUAUAUAUAUAUUUCCAAUUUAUUAUUGACUACUUUUUAUUCUCGUAUCCUCUCUUUGCUCUGCAUUUCUAUAUACAUAUAUAUAUACAUAUACUAUAUAUUGAUGAACGUCUCGCUCAUUCGCAAUCGUCGGCAGGAGCUGCGCGUUGCGGAUGAGACGACGAUCCAUUGCGCCAAGUCCCUUCAAAUUGCAACUGCAAUUACGCGUUGCAAUGCAUUAUGCUACAUCAUUAUUAUGACCGGAUCAUUCGUGACGUGCUACCCGGUGUGACGACAGACGCGACUUUGAAGUAUAUCGUCGAUGCAUAUAAACGUACUUUGCUUCACCCGAAAGUCCGACGGUGAUCGCAUACGCACGUACACGCGCGCGCGCACGCACGCGUGUAUGUGUAUGUGCGUCGAAUUCACUUUGCAUGUGGGUCUCUUGCAUGUGCCCAAGUGCUUUGCUGUUUGCUGCUCUCCCUGCUAAUUUGAUAGAUUUGUCGCGUUAUCAACGAUUAAUUGUCGUAAUCCGAUUGCGAUGCCCCGAGGAUCAUGAUCAAUGAUCUCACAGAAAGCAGGAUUCUCGUUCGUUCUUGCGCUUUACUUGUAACUAUUUUUACCUGCCGACAGUAACCUUACAGUAACCCAUUCCUCAUGAUCGAGUUCUUUCAACGUUUCGACACGAGAUGUUUUCUAAAACUCUUCGUCAGUCGACGCUCUUGUCGAUUGCUCUCGUUGACAUAAAAAAGAAAGUCAUUUUGAAUAUAUCCUCCAUGUAACUUUUGUUUCAAUGAAAUACGUAGUUUUCAGUCGCAGUUGGAUUCACGCGACAUAAUGUAAAUAUUUCUAAUGAUGAACGAAGAAAAGAGAGAAGGAUAGUAAGAGAGAAGAUAGUGAGAAGAAAUUAUAUAAAACUAUUGUGGCGAAGAUUUUUUUGGCUUGACGACAAAGAUUUGAAAAUUUUAUAAGGAGAAGCGUAAAUAUUAAUCUUGCGACAAAUGACGUGUUGAAUAGUUCUUUAUAAAAAAUUAAAGUUACGCUAGGUUACCGUAACAUUCAUGAAAUACGACGCACACAUAAGGACGAUUCUUUACGUACAUUUCUUAAUUGCCAUAAAAAAUAUCGCGAUGUCACUUAAAAGAAUUAAAAGGAUUUUUUUUUCUGAGACUCUUAUUUGUAAUAUAGCCUUCUUUGUCUAUAUCGAAUUUUCAUUCGCGUGUCACUUAAAAAUCUCAUUGAGACAUAAUAAGUACAAGGAAAUGUGUGAGAUCGUGCAUGCCCAUCUACUGUGGCAAAUAAAUUGUUUUCUUUUCCAAAUCUAAUCAACUGAUCCACUGUUCAUUACACCCCUUCGUCUUCUCUCUGCUUUCCGAUACACAGUUGCAUACACGCAUUCUCUGUCUUUCUCUCUGUCUCUCGUUUCUGCUCGGAAGUCCAGUUUCUCGUCUUUAUCUACUUUAGUCGUUGUCCCGGUUUCUAAAUGUGGCUACAGAGACGUGAACUUUAAUAGACUAAAGCAAAUUAUAUCCGAUUUAUACCUCCUUAAAUAGGAGACAAUUUUCUAAAGUAAUGUACGAAACAGGCGUAAAAACAACGCAUUGAAACAAGAAAUGAUUAAGUUGUAUAAAGAAUUUCUAUUUAAUUAAAAAAAUAUGAAACUUUCAUCUUCAGCUUCACGACUUUGUAUCUUCCACUACCUCACAACCCUUUUCUACCCCUUCAGCAUUCUUCUGCUUGCUACGCGUGCAGCUCGCGCAUCAAGAGUGUACCACUUGAUCGUAAAAGCUCGGCCCCUUCCGUUUGUGAAUUCCAUCUCCACGUGCUUUGAGGGGACCAAAAAAGUGCGCUCAAAGUCUGUCAUGAGUGAGAGAGAGAGAGAGAGAGAGAGAGAGAGAGAGAGAGAGAAAGAGAGAGCAAGAAAGAAAGAAAGAGAGCGAAAUAGAGAGAGAGAAAGAGAGAGAGAGACGAAAAAAUUGUCCAAGCGAGACUACGAAAAGCCAAAUGAAUCCUCUCCCGUCCUGCCAGCCUGUCUUGCUAGCUCACUGUCAAGAAGUUGACCUUCGUUUUUGGCCAUGAUUGUUUUUUUACUACAUUUAUAUAUACAUAUAUAUACAUAAAUAUAUAUACAUAUAUAUAUACACAUACGUUAUGUAUACAUCGCAUAUCGUUUGUACACUGUGGUAUAAAUAUCUAUAUAUAUUUACAUAUAUAUUUUUUGCACUAUAUAUAUAUAUAUAUAUUUAUACAUAUAUUUAUAUAUAUAUAUAUAUAUAUACAUAUAUUGGCAGAUUGUUGACAUAUUCAUUAUACCAUUUGUUACUUUGUAAUAUCUGUAUUUCAAUUUGUCGUUUUGGUUGAGUGCAAUGCCUUUUGCUACGGCGAAUAAAUUUUGCGGCGCGGCACAUACGCCGCGAGUACAAUAAAAGGGAGGAGGGACGAGAGGGGCGGGUUGAGAACGAGGCUGUGGGGGUUGUUAUGGGCCCGUAUACAUAUAUAUCUGUUGCUAUAUUAUAUCUACGUAUAUAUAUUUAUCCAUUUAUUUAUAUAUAUGCAAGAUGUCUCCCUUGAAACUAUCGCCGCUCGUUUUGUUUAUAGAUUUCUUGACCAAUUUGGAAUUGAUUGUUCCUUAAAGUUAAUUUAUAUACAACGUUUCAGUAAGCUUAGUAUAAUUAAACAUCUCAGCUAUAGCCUCACGGUAAUACUGCAGCAAAGUUCAUUUGAAAUUAACUAGUUGUGAUUUAUCUUUCGCUACUUGUUUUUGCAAGACUUAUUUUAUCGCAAAUUCCUUGUUUUUGUUUGCAAAACAAUUACACGAAUAAUUAAAAUGACUCAUCCACUUAUUCACAUUUCUAUCAACAUUUCCGAAUUGGUCAAAAAAUUCAUAAUGUAAAAGGUAUGGCGAUAGCUCGAGGACACUCUGUAUACAUAUAUAUAUAUAUAUAUAUAUAUAUUUUUACAUCGUAACACACUCGAAUAGUUUGUCAUACAUGUGCCUGGGGUGCGCGGCGCGCCAAACAAAAAUGAGCGUCAACUUCUUGUGAAUACCGUCUUGUGUGCUACCGAGAAGCGUUAGCUUCUCGCCACGCCGGAGACACUUUCUCCUCCGAAUGAAUGAAAUUUAUGAAUUAGACACUGAAGGAAAGAAAGAUAGAGAGAGAGAGCGAGAGAGAGAGAGAGAAUAGAGAGACAGAGAGAGAGCGAAAGAGAGAGAGAGAGAGAGGACCUCUUUUAGUCGCAACACGUGCUUAUAGUAGUGUCAAGAGAACGAGCUUGCCUGUACUUUCUUUAUUUCUUUUUUUUUUUAACGAAAACUUAGAUGCAUUAGAAAGAAUUAGUCGUCAAAGGGAGAGAAAAAGCGAAUGAAGGGAGCACGAUACGAAGGAUAUCUUAUUUUUUUCUUGUUCGUUCAAGGUAGCCGUAGCGCUCGUCCGUUUUUGAAACGAUGCGCUGCGGUAUAUAUAUGUAUAUAUACAUAUAUAUAUAUAUGUGUGUGUAUAUGUACAUAUGUACGUAUAUACAUAUAUAUAUACACAUACAUAUAUCUAUAUAAUAGACAUAUAUGUACAUAUAUGUAAUAUAUGUGUGCAUCUGUGUAUCCUACAGAUCAAGUAGUGCCAGAGCGGACGUUUUAUCGCGCGUUAUUGCGGCAUACAUGGUAGUAUAGUUAGUACAAUUAAUAUUAACGUGUCAUCAGGAUAUUUACGGGACUAGGCCAAAAAAUCCAAAAAGAAAGAGAAAUAGAGCAGUAGAUAAAAAUAAAGAGACAAAGAGAGAUAGAGAAAGAAAAAGAGAGAAAGAGAGAGAAAGAGAGAGAGAGAGAGAGAAAGAGAGAGAGAGAGAGAGAGAAAGAGAUUCGGAAAGAGAGAGAGAGAGUCGGAGAUGAGUCUUUCCCGCGGGGGUAGAGAGCGCCAGAGGGAAGACAAGAAGUUGAUGUUCUUGUUUGUUUGGUUGCAGGAGUUGAUGGGUGUGGAUGAGCGGGUGUUUGCGUGCAUGUACUGCGGUGCCUCGUUCCUCCACCAGAGCAAGCUGACGCGGCACAUCCUCUCGCACAGCCUCGAGUCGCUCAAGUACCGCGAGCAGGCGGCCCACCUGCAGCUGCAGGCUCAGCUGGGCCUCGAGCCCGGCAUGCACCUGCCGCCGGAGGCCCACUACCCCACCGCGGGUACGAUUGAGCCGAUGGACUUCGAGCUCGCGGCCCACUCGGACCCGACCUCCGGCGUCGUCCUCUGCAAGUUCUGCGGCAAGUCUUUCCCGGACGUCGGCUCGCUGAUCGCCCACCUACCGGCGCACACCGGCGACCGGCCGUUCAAGUGCGAGUUCUGCGGUAAGGCGUUCAAGCUACGCCACCAUAUGAAGGACCAUUGUCGCGUGCACACCGGCGAACGGCCGUUCCGGUGUACGCUGUGCGGCAAGACCUUCUCGAGGUCGACGAUACUCAAGGCCCACGAAAAGACACAUUACCCGAAGUAUGUGCGCAAGUUCCUGUCCCCGAGCCCCGUGGACCCCUCCGAGGAAGAGGCCCCGCCGCCGCCACCGCCGCAUCAUUGAGUUCGCCUUAGCCUCAGCAGCAAGACCGCCGCCGCCGCCGCCGCUGCUACCGCCGCCACCGCCGCCGCCGCCGCCACCGCCGCCGCCACCACCACCACCACCGCCGUUGUCGUCGCCGUCGACGACGACGGCGACGAUGAUGAUGACGACGACGACGAUCACCGUACGGGACGCUCUGCUGAUCCACGACGCAUCCACGUUGUCGUCGUCGCCGAUCGCGCGAACAAACUGGCGACGACAACGAUGGUACCGUCCCCGCUUCCGGUACCGCCGCCAUCGCCGCUGCCGUUGCCGCGACACGACAUCCCAUCGACAUCGUUCCACAUCCGCACAUUCUCCCCUGCUCCCACUCCCCCGCAAGCUCCUCCGCAACUCUCCACCAGUACCACUACCCAUCAUCUCCUCUCGUCCACCUGCUGAUCGCGCGCGUCGCGACGCGACGCGCGCGACUUCCCCGCGUCAACGGUCCCGAAUAAUCGAGCGACGGGGCAAAGAAGCCGGCGGUGUUUCUAGUUAGUCCUGUGAUUUUGGUUAGGAUGGUUGGUAAACGCGUGUUCAGGGGGAGGGACACGUUAAUAACGAGCUCCCUCGUUUAAUCAGUGCUUUAAGACGAAACGUUUAGCUUAUUAUAUACAUAUAUAAAUAUAUAUAUAGAUAUAUAUAUAUUAUAAAUUAUACGUAUAUAUAUAUCGAUAAAUUAUUAAAGGUAUAUAUAUACAUAUAUACACGUACACACACUUACACACACAUACAUACAUAUACGAGCGACAAGGGGUUAAUUAAAGAAAAAGAUACGGGAGGGUGGGGAAAAUGGGCAAAGCGACACGGAACGAGAAGGGUAAACGGGGAGGGAGCGAGAGGGGAAAAUUUGAGCCGCCACGGUUGGUGCUUUUAAGAGAUUUUGAUAAAAUGCUGUGAAUAUUAUAUUGAUUACAAUUAACUAUAAACUAUUGUAAUAAUGUACUGACGUUGUACGAUGUACGAUGCGACUGUUGUUGAUAUGAUUGAGAAUAUUUUAUACAGUUGACACGGGGGGGGUUGAGAAUAGCGCGCGCCGACGAUAAAGACACGACCGGAAGUCGGGGGUUGGGGGAGGGACAGGGGGAAGGGUGGGUAGGGUAGACAGGAAACGUCCACUUAGUGAAAUUCUACGCGGUGCAAUUCGACUCGGUGGACAUGAGGUUUAUAAAUUCAUAAUAGGAAAAAGUGAGAAAGAGAGAACGUGUGUGUGAGAGAGAAAGAGAGCGAGAGAACAAGAGAGCGAACGAAAGAGAAAGAGAGAAUUUAUUACGAGUGCGCUGGCAUUAGUGGCCUCUUGGAUUAACUUUUGUUCCUCAUUUUUCUCCAAGACAUCACCUUUUCUUCGCGAGUCGACGGUUAAUUCAUAGACACACGUCCGACGCAAGCGGCAUCGUGAGCGACGCAACGAGAACGCCGAUCGAAUCUUCGUCCUCCCGCGUGUGUCGAAAAAGUCUUGCGUUCACGGCCCGCGAAACGCACUCUCGCGUCUUGCAGAUUUGGGAAGAAAUGACGCGCGCGAUUUUCGCGUCGCGAGACUUCCCGAAACCUGGCCGUUUCCGGCGCAACGUUUUUCACUUGCAGAUCGAGAGUCGUGACGAGUAUACGUGACCACGCGGUGGCCAUUGAGACAGUGCAAUACCUGACUACGCGACACACUACUACUACUACGUUACUUCAUUUUUUUUUAAAUUUGUAGUUUAAUUCUUAUUUAACAUUACUUACGUCCUUUAUUAAGAUAGAUAGAUAAUCCAGUCGCGCGUUGAGAUUCGAUCUCCGGGCGACGUCCACCCUUCGUUCCACUCGCGAGCUCGUUUUUAUUUAUUUAUAGCCCCCUCGGUCAGAGAGACACCCGGAUGGGCGUGCUCUCGGAAAAAAAAGUACAGAGGAUCUCAUCUUCGCGGUGUGAUUCGUGGAAUAUCAAGAUUGAACGCGCACGAACGAAUCAAACUCAAUACCGUAUAUGCGCAAACCUCCGCAAUAAAGAGAGAUCGAUAUAAAACGGGAUGUUCGGUAAUCGGCGUGUUUCCUAAGCAUUUCUGCCGGUGUUUCAUAAUUUGUCAACUUUUAAUGAGAAAUAUUUCGAUAAUGAAGGCAGGAAUGUUUUAACUGUUUAAUUCGUUGAAAUUCCUUACGUUUUUUUUUCAAUCACGUAUAAUUUGAGGCAAUGUAACAAAAAUAAAUUUAUGGCGGUAAUCCAAAAAGACUUUUUCAGAGGGGGGAGGGGAAGGGAGGGAAUCAUUUGUAUGUUCAUCAAUCGUAGUUAGGCCUCUCACGCCCAUUACCCUAUAUCCCGCGUUACGCGCAGCAAUCCCCAAUGUCCGAGUGAUACGAGAACCAGUAUUCGAGGUACAUACUUUUGUUUUCCUACUAGGUAAGGUAAGAUAAUUAGCGCGCACGCAAGUGGUCUGUGUGAGCGGAUCGACAUCUCUUUUUUCGGAAAACGAACGGGGCGACCAUCGUCGACGGCAAAGCCGGCGGGUUCGAUUCCUCGAAGGCGAAGGUACAAACGUAAUUCCCAUUGAUUUUUCCCGCUGUCCUCCGUCCCUCGCGGGAUAAUUUAAUUCGGCGCGACACGCGAGCGUAUAUACGCGGACCACGAAAAACAGCCGCGUCUUCGCGGAUCCUCGAUAAACGAUAAACACACUAUCGUGGCCAGGCAUUUGGCGAUUGCAUGCGAUUGCAGACGAGCGCACAACGAGCACAAGCGUUCUUUUUCCCCGGUCUCUUCCUUUUAAGCGAUUCGAUGAGCGCAUUGUAUAUUUAGCAGCCACUUACUUUCCGUCAUCCUCCUUGCAAGGGUCCUCCCCUAUUCCCCCCCUUCGCUGUGCGAGCAGAGCCGCUCGAAAUCGAUCGAUCUCUGAAAUAUUCAUCGCAUUCCGUGCGCAGAGGCCUGCGGAACGGCACCGAAGGAAUCGCCUUGCGGGGAAUAGGGAGGCAUCGACGGCGACCGAUAUCGGUCUUCUUCGAAUCGCCGCGAGUAGAUAAUCUUUUAACAGUUGACCCUAGAACGCGAACCGUCAUCUCCGAUGGACGAGUAAAAAGAGAGAGAGAAAAAAAAACUAGCGCAUACACCUCGGAAAAGUGUUAGCUCAAUCUGUGCCGCGUGCGAGAAGGGUUGUUUUCGAAAUCAAUUUUACGCCGGGCUAUUUUUACGGCGACUUAAUUUUAAUGGUUUAAUAAUUCAAUGGAAAUUUAUUUUUUUUUUUUUUAGUUGGAUAUAUAAUUUUUAAUUAUUAUUGGAGGACACACGAGAAUCUAAAAUUAUCAUUAUACAUGUUCCUAAUUUAAUUGUCGUACGGUUUUAGCAGCGUACGCUGGGCGUACACGUUUUUAUUCACGUCUUGAAUAUCCUAAGGUCGGCAGUGCGAGGCGCAGUGCGCAAUCGGUUAGCGAAAUGAUUUUAUUUAAAGCUGUGAUGACUAUACGAAUUAUUUUUGUUCGGACGCGCGAUUUUUAUCGCGCGUUCUCCCGCGAGAAUAUCAAUCGCCUUUCUCGUCUCAUUUCAAAAUCGGCGCGUCUACGUCUCCGAGUGGUGAUCACGAUCUCUGCGAUUUCUGUGAUACUUCGCGACUGCAUCGGCUAUUCUAUUAGCACGCAAUGCACUUGUCACUUAUCGUCUUACAUUCCAUCUCGCUGUCCUAGUUUUUAAUCUCGGAGAUAUUAAGAUAUGCUCUCGCCUUUCGACGUUCACAACUCCCGAUGCGAGAGCGCGGGCUUUUCACGCGUGUGAUUUAAUUGUGAUCUCUCUCGCGGCGUUAAACUUAAAUACAUGUGUCGAUGCACUCCGCUCCGAGUUAUUGAAAAAUUGUUUGCCUUAACGAAAAACGCGCAUUUUUCAUCUUCGGAUCUGCGCCCCUAUCUUUACUUAAAUCCUUCGAUCGCGCAGCACCGAUGCACCCUUUGGAGACGUAGACGCGAACGGAAGUGUGCAUCCGAGAUGCAAAUACUUCCGUAUUUUAAGUAGAAAUUUCUACUCUCUUGCUGUACAAAAAAUAUAAAUCUUUGAUUAUUUAUUUGAAAUCAAACACUAGCGUGAUUUAUUUAUUUUUGCACCCGUGUAAACAAAGAGGAUAGCAUUUAAAGUAUUGCGCGCAUCUAUCGCGCGAAUUAAUUUGUUUCGACGGACAGAAGGAUGAGAGUUUCAUUCUAUCAGCGAUAUACGAGAGUCCCGGCCGCCGCGCCGGUCUCGAGAGCGCGUAGCUUUAAUUAGAAUAUUCGUCCGGCAAAUCGGCAUUCCUCUGAAAACGGGAUUUUAAUUAAUAUUUACGAGUGACGGUGCCGUUAAUGACUGGCAACCGAGAGGGUACAUUGAAAUGAAAGUCCUGCCGCGAUUCUGAACGAGCCUGAUUAGAGUUGGCGUUUGGCAAAUGGAUCAUAAAGUUUCCAAAUACCGUAUCAAAAAUGCUGUCAGCGGGUUGUAAAUUCCGGAAUACGAUUAAUUAAAUCCUCGCGCAACACACGACGCGUUUGCACAACGGGGACGGCGGCGUCGCGUCCGUCCGUCCGUCCGUCCGUCCGUUCAUCCGCUCGCGGUAUUAAAAUAAUGAUAUCGCAAAUUAAACAUACGGUGCGCUCUCUCUUUCUACAAACUCAUAACUCCACACACUCGAGACUCGCGCGAAUACAGGCGGCCAUCUCUAUCACCGUACGAUCCGCGAGUUCUUCGUGUCUCGACGCAUCAUUCUGCAUUCACAUAUUCGUUCAUUAACUUAUUCGUGUUUCUCGUAACACAAAUUGAAUUCGGCCAAACGUAGAAUGGGAAUCUCUCGCGUAUUUAUUUUAUUUUUUUUUUUUCGCAACCGCGCUCUGACUGAUAGACGAAGAGAACAAUGGAAAUCGGAAUUACUUGGAGUAUUGCUCGCGCAAAACGAGCACGUCAAGAUUUUAUUUGGCAAGAAAGACUGUGCGAUAGAAACUGAAAAAAGUCGAUAAACUUUGAGUUGCAUGUUGUUGCCUGCAAAAGGUCAUUUUUACCUUCGCUCAUUUACGUUCCUUUUUUCAUCUUCCAUGCGCUCUAUUUCGACAGUCGUAGAUAACAAUAUUGUUAAAAAUAUUAGCUCGUCCUCGAUUUGCAUCGUGUUAUCGCGACGGGGACUUUAAUAUUGCGAAAAAGAAAAGAUGAGUAAAGAUAGUAUAUGAAUCACAGCCGCUUGACAUUUUAUAUCGCAGCUCGGUCGCAAUCUUCGCGUUCGAACGCGCUUAUUCGCGUUAAUUUUCCGCGUAAUCGCGCGGAGCUACGCACUUUUUAUCGUCUCGAUCGUGGUAAACAGCCACGAGGAGGUUUUUCCGCAAACACCGUCGCCGUUAUCGUCGACGAUUCUUUUCGCGCGUCCCGCGCGCCUGUUAUCCGCUCUCUGGAGUCCGGUCGGAUCGAUCGUUCGAGGAAAACGCUAAAUGCUAAUCGGAGAAUUCCGCGGGCGUAACCUUGCAAUCGUAAAAAUACAAUGAGCGCGAAG